AUGGCCGGAAAUGGAGAGGGGCCCGCGAUCGGGAUCGAUCUGGGAACGACUUACUCGUGCGUGGGAGUGUGGCGGCAGUGGCAUGAACGGGUUGAGAUUAUUGUCAACGACCAAGGAAAUAGAACGACGCCCUCGUACGUGGCGUUCACUGAAGAGGAGCGCCUCAUCGGCGACGGUGCCAUGAAUCAGGUUGCCAAGAAUCCCUCCAACACCAUCUUCGAUGCUAAGAGGUUGAUUGGCCGGAGAUUCAGUGAUGAGUCAGUGCAGAGUGAGAUGAAGCUUUGGCCUUUCAAGGUUGUAGCUGGUCCACGGGAUAGGCCCAUGAUUGAAGUCACUUACAGAGAUAAGCAGAAGCAAUUUGCUGCAGAGGAGAUAUCAUCAAUGGUGCUCUUGAAGAUGCGCGAGGCUGCAGAGGCCUUUCUUGGAUUGUAUGUUAAGAACGCAGUUGUCACCGUUCCUUCCUACUUCAAUGACGCACAGCGCCAGGCGACAAUGGAUGCCGGGUUUAUCGCUGGCUUGAACGUCAUGAGCAUCCUGAAUGAGCCCACUGCUGCUGCGAUUGCUUAUGAGUUGGAAACGAAAGCGGGUAGUGAUGGAAACAAAAAUGCGCUUGUCUUCGAUCUUGGUGGUGGUACGUUAGAUGUCUCACUUCUUACCAUAAAGCAAGGUGUCAUUAAAGUGAAGGCCACAACCGGUGACACUCACCUCGGUGGAGAAGACUUUGACAACAGAAUAGUGGACUACUUUGUUGAGGAGUUCAAGAGGAAGUGGAAGAAGGACAUAACAAGAGACCCUAGAGCUAUUCGUAGGCUAAGGACAUAUUGUGAGAGAGCCAAGAGGAUCCUCUCGUUGACUAUUCAGACCAAAAUUGAGAUAGACUGUUUGUAUGAUGGUAUUGAUUUCUCCACAACCCUUACUCGCGCCAAAUUUGAAGAUCUCAACAUGGAUCUCUUCAGGAUGUGCAUGAAGCAGGUUAAGAAAUGUUUAAUGGAUGCAAAUGUUCACAUACGCAACAUCCAUGAUGUUGUCCUUGUUGGUGGCUCCACAAGAAUUCCCAAAGUGCAACAGCUGUUACAAGAUUUUUUUAAGGGAAAGGAAAUGUGCAAAAGUAUCAAUCCCGAUGAGUCUGUUGCCUACGGUGCUGCAGUCCAUGCUGCAAUUUUGGGUGGAAAUGCUACUGAGAAGAUUCGCGACUUACUGUUGGUGGAGGUCACACCUCUAUCUCUUGGCACAGCAGUUCUUGGGGAACCGGCGAUCGGGAUCGAUCUGGGCACGACGUACUCGUGCGUGGGAGUGUGGCGGCAGCGGCACGAACGGGUCGAGAUUAUAGUGAACGACCAGGGUAAUAGGACGACGCCGUCGUACGUGGCUUUCACCGCCACCGAGCGCCUCAUCGGCGAUGGCGCCAAGAAUCAGGUUGCCAUGAACCCCACCAACACCAUCUUCGAUGCAAAGCGAUUGAUUGGUCAGAGAUUCAGUGAUAAGUUAGUGCAGAGUGAUAUGAAGCUUUGGCCUUUCAAGGUUGUAGAUGGUUCAGGUGAUAAGCCCGUGAUUGAGGUCACCUACAAGCAUGAAAAGAAGCAAUUUACUCCAGAGGAGAUAUCGUCAAUGGUGUUGUUGAAGAUGCGUGAGGUUGCAGAGACCUUUCUUGGAUCAGCUGUAAAGAACGCUGUCAUCACCGUUCCUGCCUACUUCAGUGACUCACAACGCCAGGCGACCAAGGAUGCUGGAUUUAUUGCUGGCUCGAAUGUCAUGAGCAUCCUGAAUGAGCCUUCUGCUGCUGCCAUAGCCUACGGAUUGGAAAUGGAAGUGGGUAGUGAUGAUGACAAAAAUGUGCUUAUCUUUGAUAUUGGUGGGGGGACUUUUGAUAUCUCAAUUUUGACUAUGAAGCACGAUGUGUUUGAAGUGAAGGCCAUUGCUGGUGACACUCACCUUGGAGGAGAAGACUUUGACAACAGAAUGGUGAAAUACUUUGCUGAGGAAUUCAAGAGAAAGCAGAAGAAGGACAUAACUAAGAAUCCCAGAGCUCUUCGGAGACUAAGGACUGCUUGUGAGAGAGCCAAGCGGAAUCUUUCGUUGACUACUCAGACAAGCAUUGAGAUUGACUGUUUAUAUGAGGGUAUCGAUUUCUCCACAGCUAUAACCCGUGCUAGAUUUGAGGACCUUAACAUGGAUCUGUUCAGGAUAUGUAUGGAGCAGGUUGACAAAUGUUUAGUGGAUGCUAAAAUGGGCAAACGCAACAUCCAUGAGGUUGUUAUUGUUGGUGGCUCGACGAGAAUUCCCAAAGUCCAACAGAUGUUACAGGAUUUCUUCGAUGGAAAGGAAUUGUGCAAAAAUAUCAACCCCGAUGAGGCUGUCGCAUAUGGUGCUGCAGUUCAAGCAGCAAUUUUGGGUGGAAAUGCUACUGAGAAGAUUCAUGACCUACUAUUGUUGGAGGUCACAUCUUUGUCUCUUGGCGUGGCGGUGCGUGGCGAUCUUACGUCAUUUUUGAUUCGGAGGAACACUCGUAUUCCAUGCAAGAAGGAGAAAGUGUUCACUACAGUGUUUGAUAACCAAACUAGCGCUGUGAUUGAAGUGUACCAGGGUGAGAGAACACAAGUUAGUGACAACAAUUUGCUUGGUCAAUUUACUCUUGAUGGCAUUCAUCCGGCCCCUGCGGGUACUCCAAAGAUCGUUGUCUGUUUUGAGAUUAAUGCAAAUGGUAUCUUGUAUGCGUCGGCUAAGGACAAGUCAACUGGUCAAAUGAGUAGGAUUAGCAUCAAUUACGAACAUGGAAGAUUGUCCAAGGCAGAGAUAGAUAGAAUGGUGCAGGAGGCUGAGAAGUACGAGGCUGAAGAUAUGGAGCCGAAGUUUAAGAUUGAAGCUAAGAAGGCUCUCGAGUUCUAUGAAUACAGGAAGAUGCAUUAAAUCCGGACAACAUUUGCAAUCCCAUCAUGAAGUGCAAGUGAGACCGGUAUAUUUGACAUAGCAAAGUUCCUUUACCUUCUUAUUAAUG